AUGUCUUCCGUAGGACCCCAAUUGCCCGCGCACCUCGCAAAACGUAAACGCUCUAUCGACGACAAUGCUGAAGAUUCAAGUUCUCCACCGCACAAGAUCCAAGCCGCCUCCGCGCAUCAGGAGAAAGAGAAACGAAUCCUAGGCCCUGCCCCUCCACCAACGACCUCAAACCCCGACGCUUUGGAUAUAGACAGUGACCCAGAAGAAGAUUACGGCCCGUCUGUACCAUCCAAACCCUCUGCUACAAGCCCUCCCAAAAGAGUAGUAGGGCCAUCAUUACCACCAACGAAGAAUCCAGACGAGUUAGACGUAGAUGGCGACUCCUCAGACGAUGGCUAUGGCCCAGCCUUAUCGAAUCCAAAACCAACAACAUCCAAAUCUUCCAGCACACCUCCCAAAAGAAGAGUCCUAGGCCCAGCACCACCCCCAGCGCCCCUCUCCGAAAUGCCCUCUCACUCCGCAAAUGCAGACGAAUCCUCAGACUCAGACUCGGAAGACGACUACGGGCCUUCCCUCCCACCAGCACCAGGCUCCGCCGCCGCAGCAAAACUGCAAUACGAGCAAGAGCAAGAGCAGCAGCAAGAACGCCUCCAAGCCUCCCAGCCAACCAAGCCGCAACGCGACGAAUGGAUGAUUCUCCCGCCCACGGACUCAGACCGGUCCUCGCGAGUCGACCCCACGAACCUCAAAAACCGUAAAUUCGCGUCAGGGAAGAGCGCCAAAAGCGCCGCCGCAGCAGCCGGGGGGAUCAGCUCCAUGUGGACGGAGACGCCUGAGGAGAAGCGGAAGCGGUUAGAGGAUGAGGUUCUGGGACGUGUGGAGCCAUCGUUGAAUUCCACGGGCGGGGCGAAGACGGGCAGGAUGGAGAGUAAGGAGGAUGAGGAGACGGCGAGGAGGAUUAGGGAGUACAAUGAGAGGAAUCGGGGGAAGAGUUUGGCGGACCAGAGGCAGAAGGAUGGUGGGCAGAAGGAGGAGGAGGAUGAUCCGAGUAAGAGGGGGUUUGAUAGGGAGAAGGAUAUGGCGCUUGGGGGCAGGGUGGGGCAUGUUCAAAAGAGGGAGAUGUUGGCGAAGGCGUCGGAUUUUGGGAGUAGGUUUCAGAAGGGACGGUACUUGUAG